AAAAUUUAAAUUUUUUCUUAAAGAAAUUAAUUUAUUAGUCUACGUGAGACAGUUAACUCAAUUAUUUUAUUUAAGACUCAAACAUUGUAGUCAAGACUCAAACCAUUGGUCACAUGCGACCACACUAUAUAAUAUUUGAAUUCAAAAUGAGAUCACGUGGACUUAACCUCUGUUUGAUUUCGUGAUGCCGUGCUACAAUUCUGAAACAUACUUUUACUUGAAAGAAUAAGUAAAUUUGGUAAAAGUAUAAUAUAUUGACAAGUAAAUAUUAUGGCAAAAAGGAAGCAAUUUGAUGAAUUUUUGGGAGGAUCCCAAUCACUUCCACAUGAAGUUUCCAUUGCACAAUUCGCCUCUUCACGAGCUCAAGAAAUAUCCAUGAUGACAUAUUCGAUAGAAAAUCCUAAGCAAACCAAGUUGGUGUUUCAAAAGCUUCCUGUAUAUAUGCGUAGACGUGUUAUGUCUCACAAUGUCAAAAGACUACCACGUAGAUUACGAGAAGCACAUUUGGCACAAAUGACAAAAUCAGCAAAUGGCAAAAAUUUACCACUAAUAAGCAAACGGCCAUCCCGGAAAUAUCGUAGAAGACCACGCAAUUUACUUUCUGAAUACAGCCGUAGACAACGUAAUAAAAUUUGGUUGGAAACUCACAUUUGGCAUGCAAAACGCUUUCACAUGAUCGACAAAUGGGGAUAUAGAAUUGCGAAUUAUCCAAACGACAAAUGCUUUAGAGCUAAUUAUCGUGCUGUCACAAAGCACUGCCUGCUGCAAGAUAUUUCUUACUAUACUUGCAUUGAAAUAAAAGGAGAGGAAAAUUUGCUAAAGACAACACUGAAAACACAUUGCAAUCCAACGACGUUAACUUUUGCAGCAAAAAAAUGGAUUAAUGGUAAUAGAGAAGGUGCUGUGAUGUUUUUUAAGAAAAAUGGUUAUCCACAUUUCCCUAUUGGCAAUGUAAAUUUUUUCUGGCGACCGAAGGAAUCGGAUGUUAGGACAAUUUGGAUCUGGGUACAUCCUGCCUUUUACAACGAUUUUUUUGAUGAGAUAAUAUCGAGUUUUGAAUUUAAACAGAAAAAUGUUGAAAAAAGCGCAACUGACACGCACAACUUAAACUGUCUGUAUACAAAUGAUUUAAAUUGCGAAAUGAUUAUAUUAAGAAAUGCAUUGAAUAGAUUUCGACUCUAUGGACCAUUGGCUCUAAAAGUAUUAACUGAGGCAUUACAUCUACCAUCCUUAACUGAAUUAGAACAUAAUUUGUCAAGCGAGAAAGAAUUAGACACAAGUAAAGAAUCAACAGACAGUAAUAUUUUGCAACCUACAGAGAAAAUGACAAUUGACGAAACAAGUGAAAACAAUACUGUAAUUCUGAAAGAUUUGAAUAUACAGGAACUUAGUAAAAAAGUAUGGCAUAUUAAGUACUAUAAAAGUCAGGAAAACAUGGAAGCUUUUAAGAUACAAAAUCAAUUGUGGCAAACAAUGAAGUCUAGGGAGCCAAAUUUCUUGCCAACGAGUAUGAUUAUUGGAUUAACUGUUUUAGAUCCACGUUUUUAUUUACCUGAGAAAAGAACAAAAUGUAAAAUGGAGGAGACAAGUUCGCGAUUAAAGCCAAUUGAUCAGUCACCAAUAAAUUCAAACCGCACUCCUUUUUGGGAUGCAGAAAUACGUCAUACUGUGAGCAAUUCCUGCGUGUCCACAAGUGCAAUUAAUAAGCUCAGGGGUGAGUGUCUUGUACCUGGUAUAUUAAACGACCAGUAUUACAAUGAGAACAUCAUGGCAAAGAUACCUAUACUCCUUAUUCAGAAGGAGGGAACGAUUACAGGUUUAGGUUCUGGUAUGGACAUUAUUAUACCAGCUAGAUGGUCAAUGCCAUUUUGGAUUGCCUUCGUAAUGCGAUGUGUAAGAGUAGGAGCGCUUCGAGAAUCAAGAUCAGUAGCUUUCGAAAGUUUGAUUCUAAAUGUACCAGAUAUUAAUGAUCCCGACAGUCCCGCUUACGCGAGGGAAGCAUUGUGUACGAAGGAGGAAUUGACUAACAAGUAUUUCCGCUAUCCGCCAAAUAGAAGAGUGAAUUUUAUUAAGGUUGGUAUUAGCAGCCCUUUUUUCUGCGACUGGAAAAAUUUGACGAAGGACUGGUCGGAUGUUGAAAAUUUUUACGUCCUGAGGAGUCGUGAACAUUUACUGCUUUUACAAGCGGGCAUUACUUCUCCUGUUAAGAAAAGAUAUGCAAGGUUGCCUGCUCAAGUUACAAAAUCCGACUUUCAAGAAUUGGACAAAUAUAAAAAUUGUUUAGUUCACGUUAAAGUAUCUAUGGUGGGAAAAGGAUCGCCGAAAGAGUUUGCUAUUGUAUGCAUGCCCACGCGGGAAGAUUUGGAAAAGUUUGAAAGUAAUAAGAAGUGGUCGGGGCCUGUCGAAAAACGUCACGCCGAUCCGAACGAAAGGUCUCGUAAAAUAUUGCGCAAAAGUCACUUGAUGCUGUUAAAACGCUUAAGACGGCACAGAAUUCGAUUGAAGAAAACGCUUGGAGACAAUGUAUUGACAUUGUUGGAAGGACCCAGCGGUAAGUUGGACGAAGACAAACACUUGGACAUUUUAUCGCGGCGCAAAAUUAUAUCGAAUCAAUUGGAAAAAAUGUCCAAAUUGUAUCUCCCGGAAUGUACAGACGUUCGCUAUUCCUGCGAUAGAGAAGUUAUGGGAUAUUUAACAAUGGGUCACUUAUCGUUUAGCGAAGCAAAAGGUAUUGGUAUCGGAUAUGUCACAUUAGCCUCCUUACUUAAAAUGAUGGAUAAAAGGUCUGAUAUCGCUCUUGUUAGAAAUACUAAAACGCGACAAUACAGAUUAGCAAAGUUAAGUAUAUUAGGUCUUUAACUGUGUGUGUAUGUGAUAUGUGUAAACUACUAAAUGCAUAAUAUCUCAUUUCAUUGUGUCGAAAAUAAAAGAAUA